AUGGCCCUGGGGGCAAUGUUGGCACAAGAAGUAGAGAAUCUGGAGAGAGCCAUCUAUUACAUUAGUAAGAAACUCCUUGCUAAUGAGGAGAAUUAUUCACUAAUAGAAAGAACCUGUCUAGCUGUAGUAUGGGCAACUAAGAAGUUAAGGCAUUACUUUCAGACCCACCGAGUUAUUGUAGUAUCCCGGAUGGAUCCUUUAAAAUACCUAUUUGAAGUACCGACGCUAGUUGGAAAAUUGGCCAAAUGGUUGGUCCUACUGUCUGAAUUUGAUAUUGUGUAUGAGACUCGAAAAACCAUCAAAGGGGGUGUAGUGGCCAAAUUUCUUUUUGAAAAUCCAGUUAAUGAAGAGGAAAGAGUCGAAACAGCCUUCCCGGAUGAGAGUCUCAAGCUAGUAGAGGUCCAGCCAUGGAAAUCCACUAAUAAUAUUGCAGAAUAUGAGGCUUGCAUUUGUGGCCUAGAGGCAUUAAUAGCUGUUGGGGCUAAAAAAGUGGAGGUGUUCGGAGAUGCAAUGCUAGUGGUUUCCCAUGUUAAAGGUGAAUGGGAAUUGAAAGAAGAAAAGUUGAGGCCAUACUUGGAGUAUGCUAAGAAACUAUUAUUUAGCUUUGAGGAAGUGACAAUGAAGCACAUGCCUAGAGCUCAGAACCAGAUGGCUGAUGCUCUAGCCACGCUGGCAUCUUUAUGGGAGAAGGGUGAUCAGAAGCUAACCCAGCCAAUUAUCCUGAUAAGGAGUAGAAUCCCAUGCUAUGAAGGGUUAAUAAUAGCACAUUUAGAUCUAGAAGAUGAGAUGAAAUGGUAUGAGGACAUAAGAAGAUAUUUAGAGGUAAGAGAAUACCCACAGUCUGCCAAUAGUAGGGAUAGAGCUACAAUUCAUAGAUUAGCCACUCAGUUCACUUUGGUUGGGGGGCAACUCUACAAAAGGUUCUUCGAAGGACUAUUGCUCUUGUGUGUGACAAAAUAG